AGCGCCAUUUCCUGUCUUUAUGCUUUCAGUUAUUUGGCAAGUAAAUUAUUCUUUCUUAACACUGCAGAAAUUUAUUUGUUGCUCCUAGUUUAAUUUUAUAUUGUUUGGAAAUACAUUCUUGUUCUAGAUACCUAUGUUGAUUAAAGAGGAAAUUUAUUGGGGUUUGCAUCUUUUUCUAUGCACAAUUUUAUGCAUUUUCAUACUUUUCAUGUUUUAUUGUUAAUUACAAAAAUGUGGGUGCUUAUGCAAAAUGGCUUUCCAGAAAAACACUUGAUGAAAUAUUACUUGUUUUGUGUGCUACUCUAGAUAGGAAAAGGUAUAUUAUCUAUAUGAAGGAGUAAAAAGACAAUUAUUCAUCACCCAAAAGCAUCUUAAUGAUGCAAAAUUCAAAAGUUUUGUGCGUUUAACAUGCUUAUUAUCCCAGUUUUCUCUUAGCCAGUGUUGCCUUGCUAUGUAUGCUGACUUGUUCUGCCAGGUUACAGCAUGGAGUAUGAUAUUGUCAUGGACACAUCAUGAUCACUAGCUUUCUAAAAAGUGGUCUUAAUCUGCAGAAAGUCAGGGUAUCUUAUUCAUAUAUAGUAUGUGCAGUGACAAAUGUGGUUCGUAUUAAGUAUCCAAGAUCUGGAUAUUUAAGUGUAACAAAUGAUGUGGUCAAAUCCAAAUAUGUAGUAGGUAGAUUUACACCGAUCAUAUCGAAAAUUUAUUGGUUGACAUUUUGUCAUUUAUGAAAUAAGUAAAAGUCUAAGCAAUUAAUGCUAUAUUUUCAUUGAUCAGUAUUGAAAAUGACAGUGUAUAUAGUAUAAAGUCCAUAUAUUCACAUGUGAUCACAUUUUAGUGUUUAUGUUCUUGAUGCAUAUGAUUGCAUAUUCCACAUGUACAAUAAGAUUAUUGUGAGGUUGUACAGAAAUUAUGCAAUAUGGUAAUAUAAUCUCAUCGAUGUACCAUGCUUUGGAAUACUAAAGGCCAUGCAUGCAACACAGCUUGGAUUGCUAUAUGUCAUGUACCAUGUCAGUGUUCAUACUAACAAGGCAUUUUGAUUUGUUUCAACUGUAAUUUUUCUUAUUUCUACAUCUUUUUCUUGUACUUGGGCCUAUAAAAAGGCUAGAACUUAGUAAUGAAGAUCAUCAUAAAUAAUCAUUAACUUGAGUUCUUCUAUGUUAGUGAUGCUAUGUCAUAUAUAUAUUUUUUAAUGAUUUAUUGUCCACGUGGGAGACGUGCGGAGGUGCGAGGCCUUAAUCCUUGGAGUUCGCUCCUUGAGCUAGAGUUAAAGAUGGUGUUCAACCAUAGCAAACAAUCUUCUGCUGAUCACACAUCUGACCGAUUUGCUUAUGAGCGUGCAAGACAUCUGGCUUCUGAUGAUCAACUUGCACAAUAUGCUGAAGAUUCUCCAUCUCUGGCUAUCCCUGCUAAAUCACCAGCUUCAGGUAAAGGGAAGAAGGAUUUUUUGAGCUGUCACAAAGAUUUUGAGAACGAAACUGCUGAUCAUUCCUAUGACAACUCUCAUAAUGGUCUCAGUGGCAAUCCUAGUCUGUCAUGGGUGACAGGCAACACUAGCAUGGAUAUUUGGAUAGAUAAUGGCAAACGAUCUCUUUGUGAUGGUGAGACUUGUGAACAUGGUAGCAAGCGUUUGAAGCAAGCGGACCAAAAUUUACAAUUGUGUUCGUCCAAAAUUUGCAUCAGUGCUUUCGAGGAGUCACCUUCAGUUGCUUCUGAGGAUAGGAAGUAUAGAGGGACUGCUGCUGUUGCUGGUGAUAUUGUUAAUCAGGCAACUAGCAGCAAUUGGUUCAGCCGAGAAUCUGCUUUGGACUCACCUAUCAGGAUACCUUCCUAUCCUAGUUAUUAUGGAGAUACCUGUCAGGCAACUGAAUCUGAUCAAGUCGAGGAUAGAUAUUCACCUGUUUUUGAUUACCAUGGUCGGAAACAUGUUCCUAUUGGUGCUAAUCAUCAGGCUGAUCUUCCAGAGUGGGGGUCCCAAGAUUUUAAGAACCAUAUAAGGGAUAAUGAUGUUUGUGCAUCUCCAAUGACCCCAGUGACAACUUCACUGUCGUGUGAUAAUGUUGUAAUUGAUGGGGAUGACGGUGAUAAAUGGGUUGGGACAUGUGUAAUUCCUAUGCCUGAUUCUGCGGUAUUGGCUUCAGAUGUUUUAGCCUACCAUAAGAUGGAGUGUAGCUGUCUAGAUGUGGGUUCGAUUAGAUGUGUGAGGCAGCAUGUGAUGCAAGCUAGACAAAAGCUCAAGCAAAAGUUGGGGCACAAAACAUUUUUAGAGCUGGGUUUUGGCAAUAUGGGCGAGGUUGUAACUGAAAAAUGGACUGAAGAGGAGGAACAACUAUUUUAUGAAGUUGUGUUAUUAAAUCCUGCAUCGCUGGGCAAGAACUUCUGGAAGAAAUUGCCUCAGGUGUUUCCUACUCGAAGUAGUAAAGAACUAAUAAGCUACUACUUCAACGUAUUCAUGCUUCGAAAGCGAGCUGAACAGAAUAGAUUGGAUCCACUGCAUGUAGACAGUGAUGAUGAUGAAUGGCAAGAAAGUGAUGAUGGUGAAUCUUCAACGGAAGAAGAAGAUUCUGUUGUCGAAUCUCCUCCAGCAGAUCAAGAUGUUGCUGGUGAAGAGGAUGAUCUCGAGGAAGCAGAAAUAGCCGAGGAAGAUGAUGAUGUAGAGGAUUGUGUUUAUUACCACCUUGCUGGGUACAAUGAGAAACAGCCCUCUGGUGAUAUAAACAGACACAUUGUUGGUGAGUCAACCCUUCAUUCUAGCAUGACUGCGAGCAAUUUGCACCAUUUCAUGGAGGAGCAUGACAUUCAGGAUGAUUCAUGCACAUCUUAUGAGGGCCAGCACAACGGGGUUGUUUCAUGUGAUGCUGUUGAUAUAUCUGACUUGCAUCAUGGGUUGAUUGAGGACCAUGAGAACUUGCACAACGAGCACCGCAAUGAUGGUCUGAGUGGGUUAGCAGAUUAUGGUUUCUUUGAUGGCCAUUCUGAUCUAAAAUCAUGGGAUAUGAGGUAUAGCUGUGGAACAGAGAAAGAUGACUUCUUUUCGACAUGUAACGUGAUAGAGGAGGUGUUUGGAAAAGAACCUUUGGAUAAGUGAAAGCCUAGCUGUCGUGAUCUUGGCAGUUCUUGAUUAGUGUCGGGUAAUUGCUUGCUUGCUUUAUCUUGUGUUGCCCUUCAUGAGGCAUUUUUCUGAGUUGAAAGCUUUGGUCUCCUACGAUUAGGUUUCCUAAUCAAAUCAAAUCGGUUUAGCCUUUUGUGUCUUCCCUUUGUAAAUUAUGUGAAUUAGGGGCUGUCCUGCCUUGUGAAGAAAACUGUGUAAUCGAGAACCUUAUAUAUCGGUACAAUCCAUUUUUCCUUUCUGAAUCAUCCACCGUCUUGGGGAACUUGUCAGGGAGGAUAAAGCUAUUGAAUCUGGCAAAAUGUAUGGUCAUGAGUUCACCUAAAUAUUUGUUUGUCAUAGAACUAUUUGUUCUUGUAAAUUUAUAUGAAUAUUUUCUCUAGCA